UCGCAGGAAGGCUACUUUAGCAGCUGUGACACUGACAGCCGCGGCGGGCAGAGAGAGCAGGCCACACAGGCGGUACCAACGCCGUCCUCACCGCCUCCGGUGGUUGCUCAAAACCCCAAUCGCCGCCGCCGCCGCCUCCCGGGACCGAUCGCGCGAAAACCCUAGCCCCGCCGCCGCCGCCGCCGUCGCAAUCGGACCCCCUCGCCCGCGGAGAGACCAGAGAGGCGGAAUGGGCAACAGCCGGCACGGUCGAGCGCUGAGACCGAGAGACGGAGGCGGUACGGCGAGGGAGAAUGCUGCUGCUGGUGGCACUGGCACUGGCACGCAUUCUUCCGGAGGUCCCGCGGUCCUGGCGCUGGAGGCCAGCAGCGGCACAAGCAAGACUGCAAUGGAUGCUCCGCUCCUGCCCAGGAGGUCAGGUCGGAUUGCCCCCGCUCCUAGUCAGGAGAGGGCUUCCGCCGGGCUAGGGAAUGUGACGAGGCCGCGUUCUAAAAGGCACAAGAAUGGAGCGGCGGCGGAGGGAGCACGGCUCGGAGUGUCAACCAUGACAAAGAACAGGGCUUUGGGUUCCUUGUUGACAGAAUCAGACAGGAGCGCUGGCUCUAUGAAUGGUGCAGAAGAGCAAGUGAGUGAGAAUGCCAGGAAUGGGAAUGCUAGCAGUUCGUUGAAGAAGCGAAAAGUAACGAAUUCCAGAAGUUACAUAAAGAGGUUCAAGGCGGUCCAAGGGGCGAAUGCCGCAGUUGCUGCUUCUCCUGACAGAGUGGGCAAGGAAAACACUGCAGGAGGGCAUGUGGCAGACAGCAACAUCUCUAAGCUCUGUGAAGGUAGCAGGUUAAUUGGAAAAAACAAGAGGCAUUCAAGCGAUGCUGUAUCUAAAGUUUCCAGAAGUCUUGUUUCUGGUUUACAUGAAACUUCAGAUACAAGAGUCAACCAAUCUUCUGCACCAUUUUCAGAGGAACCCUCAACCAGUGAGUCUAGAAAUACUGGACAUAUUGAGAUAGACAAUAUUGCUAAGCCAAGUAUGUUGCUGGGAGGCACGACUUCUCUUGUUAGGGGAGUUAAUGCAAACUAUGAUGACACUCUUGACACAGAUGGAGUCCACUUGGAGUCACCAGAUUUGGCUUCCUCACAAAGCCUCGUAGCCUUGGUUGGAAUUCAAGCUGUUCUAUCAUGCAUGUCUUCCCAACAAGGUACAGAUCUGUCUGCUCAACAAAAUGUAGCACCUUCACGGUAUCCACCUGCCGAAGCAGGACAGAUAGGGUUGUCAGGCACACAGGUGGUUCAGGUUUUGCAGCCUGAAAUGCAACCAUCAAUCUUAUUUUUGGAUGCUCCACCUCAAAACACGCACCCUGAUGUCGGGAGCGAAACAGUUUGUGAACCAGAUGGAGCAACUGGACUGUCAGAGGGAGGCACAGCAACUUCUCACCAUUUUGGUGAUGUCAGAGUGCAAUUCCAGGGAAAAUAUGAUGGCAAUGUAGCUGCGGAACCAGUGCUUCAAGAAUCUCCAACUUACCAUGCAGAUAGCCCAGUUACCCUACACGUGUCUACGAAAGUUGAAGCCCAUAUUUGUGAACCAAGUAUGGCUGCAAAACAAAGUACAAAUCCACCUGCACAACAAACUUCCACAAUUUCGCGGAAUCCACCAGCUGAAGUGCAACCAUUUAUCUCAUUGCCUGAUCAACCUACAGGGGCGGAGCAGGCAGGUACGUUGGGCUCGAUUGCAGCGCAGGAUUUGCAGCCUGAAAUGCAGCCAUCAACCUUAACGCAGGAUGUUCCAUUUGAAAGAACGUAUCUGUCUGUCAUGCCUGUGAUACAAAGUCCAGUUGUCCUUCAAUAUGUAGGGCCUUCGCUGGAUCCACAUGCAGGAGUAGAAUCAGCAGGCCUAGUGAUAGCUCAUGAUCUGCAGUCCAAAGUACAACCAUCAGCCUCAGUACCUUCUGAACAAAGUACAUGUCUACCGGGCGAGCAAAGAUUAGCAACCUCACAACAUCGACCAGCAGAUGCAGAACCAGUAGGCAUUCUAGGCACAGAGGCAUCCUGUAAUUUGCAGCCUGAAGUGCAACCAUCAACCUCGAUGCUGAAUAAACCUGAAGAGAUAGAGGAUGAACAUGAGGCAGAGGAUGAACCUGCAGAGACAGAGCAAGCAGGUACCCUGGGUGCCUUAGCAUCUCAGGAUUUGCAGUCUGAAAAACAAUUAUUAACCUCAACGCAGGAUGUUCCAUUUGAACAAACUUAUCUGUCUGGUAUGUCUGUGCUACAAAGUCCUACUGUCCAUCAAAUUGUAGAACCCUCACUGGAUCCACAUGCAGGAGUAGAACCAGUGGGCAUGGUGACAGCACAUGAUCUCCAGCCCAAAAUACAACCAUCAGACGCUGCCAAAAUACAACUAUCAGUCUCAGUGUCUGCUGAACAAAGUACAAGUAUACCUGCCCAACAAAGUUUAACAACUUCACAACAACCACCAGCAGAAGCAAAACCGGCAGGUAUUCCAGGCACAGGGCCAGCCUGUGAUUUGCAGCCCACAGUGCAACCAUCAACCUCAGUGCAGGAUGAACUUGCAGAGGCAGAGGAUGAACCUGAGGUACCUGAGUAUGAACCUGAGGUACCUGAGUAUGAACCUGAGAUAGAGGAUGAACCUGCAGAGUCGGAGCGAGCACGCAUCUUGGGUGCCAUGCCUGCUCAGGAUUUGCAACCUGAAAUGCAAUCAUCAACAUCAACGCAGGUGGUUCCAUUUGAACAAACUUAUCUCCCUGGCAUGCCUGUGGUACAAGAUCUGGCUAUCCAUCGAAGUGUAGAACCUUCACUGGAUCCACAUGCAGGAGUAGAAUCAAUGGGUAUGGUGACAAUUCAGGAUCUCCAGUCUGAAAUACUACCAUCAGCCACAGUGCAUGCUGAACAAAGUACAAGCCUGCCUGCCCAACAAAGUUUAGCAACUUCACAACAUCCACCAGCAGAAACAAAACCAGUACGUAUUCUAGGCCUAGAGCUAGCCUGCGAUUUGCAGCCCGAAGUGCAACCAUCAACCUCAUUGCAUGAUGAACCUGCAGAGCCACAAGAUGAAUCAGAGGCAGAGGAUGAACCUGAGGUUCCUGAGAUAGAAGAUGAACCCAAGGCAGAGGGUGAACCUGAGAUAGAGGAUGGAGCUGCAGAGGCAGAGGGAGCAGGUACCUUGGGUGCCAUAGUCACUCAGGAUUUGCAACUUGAAAUGCAAUCAUCAACCUCAAAGCAGGUUGUUCCAUUUGAACGAACUUAUCUGUCUGGCAUGCCUGUGCUACAAGGUUCGACUAUCCAUCGAAGUGUUGAACCUUCACCGGAUCCACAGGCAGGAGUAGAAUCAGCGGGCAUGGUGACAGUUCAUGAUCUCCAGUCUGAAAUACUAGCAUCAUACUUAGUUCCUAUGGAACAAAGUACAACUCUUCCUGCCCAACAAAGCUUAGUAACUUCACGACAUUUACCUGCAAAUAUUCUGGUCACAGAGGCCGCUUGCGGUUUGCAGCCUUUGCAAGGUGAAGUGCAACAGUCAACCAGAAUGCAUGAUCAACCUGCAGAAGAACCAGCAUGCAUCAUGGGCGACGUAGCUGCUCAGAGUUUGCACCCUGAAACGCAACCAUCAACUUCAAUGCAGAGUGCUCCUUUUGAAAGAACCUGUCUGGUUGGCAUGCCUGUGGUACAAAGUCCUACUCUCCAUCAUAGUUUAGAAGCUUCACUGGAUCCACAUGUCAGAGCAGAAUCAACGCAUACGUUGGGCACGGUGACAGAUCAUGAUCUGCAAUCUGAAGUACAGCAAUCGGCCUCAAUGCAGGAUCGACCUGCAGAAGCAGAGGUGACAGUUAUGUUAGGCUCCACGGCAGCCCAUGAUUUGCAGCCUGAACUGCAAUCACUAAACACAGUUCAGGAUGUUCCAGUUGAAAGAAUAAACUCCGAAGAAAGGAGACAAGUUGGUUUUCAGCCAAAUAUUGUACCUGGUCCUGAGCAGCCUAUCCAAAUACCUCCAGUCACAACGUUAGUGUUCAAUAACCCAAUACUUAGCGACGAACCGCUGACAAAUGAGCUGGACAGGUUAAUGCAUUGCAACAAUGUGCUUAGCAAAGACCAUGAACAUAAGAAAACACUACUUCUAAUAGAGUACAACCAAGAAAUAGAGAAGAUAAAAAAGAAUUACGACUCAUUGCUUCAAAACGAAGAUUCCACUUAUCUUCAGACCGAGCGGGAGCUUACUGAUCUCCACAGGAAAGUACUUCUAAACAAAUCGCUAGCUGAGAAUUUUCGAGGAUUGUUCCCACCAUCGCCUGCAGCUCAAGGGAGAUCGACGAGCCCUGUAAUGGAGCAGCCAUUUGAGUCUUCUUCAGUGGCUCAAACUGCAGCAUCACCAGUUAUCUUGUCAUCAGCCAUCAGACCACCCAUGCAUAAUUCACCAGGAUCCUAUGUCCGGCCUUCAUUUGUGGCUCAACCAUCAUCAUCAUCAUCAUGGAAUGCCCAACCAGAUUCAACCCUACCUGGCAAUCUCUAUGGAACGUCAUCAUCACUUUUUGUGCCAGCGCCUGUGCAAUAUGGCAGCUAUGGAUCUGCUGGAUCACAAUCGCGUGCUCUCCAACCACAAUCAGCCUUACCCGGCAAUCUCUACAUGGCAAUGUCACAUGUUCCUCCGCCGCGUCUGCCACGGGGCAACUACAGGUCUGCUGGAGCACGACUGCGUUCGUUCCCUCCUCAUCUGCGGCAGCUCAGGAUGCCAUCUCCAUAUGCCUUUCACGCAGGCCAGCAGCAGCUCCCUGCUUCUAAUGCAGGGAAUACAUCGUUGGGACAGUAUGUCCCUGUUAUGAUAGGGAGCUUUGCAUCGACAAUUCCACAGAGAGGUGCGCUACUGAACUCCAUGGAUUCAAGUUCAGUUCACCAGACAAUGUUACCAUCAGCAUCGAGCUCACUUCCACCUCACCUAGCGUACUCACUGACAUCUGGUCGAUAUCCACAGUCAAUGGUGAACUUCUUGCAGUCAUCUAGCUCAAAUCCCGCCUUCUUUCCAGCCCAGCAAUCAUCAUAUCAAAACAUAGCCUUGGGCAGCACCUCAGGUCUGCCGAAUGCAGUGCCAGGAAGCCAGCACCCUGGUGCUCAAAUAGCCGGCGCCUAUCAGUCUGGCACUGAAUCGGCAUCGCUAAAUGCGCAUCUCCCAGCUAGGUUUGGCCUGGGUAGCAGUAGCAGCCCCGUAAGUGCAGGGACCAGCGCAGUUGUUGUGUGCUUGUCUGACGAUGAAUAGUAGCGAUGCAGGCUCAAGUAGAUCUGCUGGCUGUUACUGCUGUGAUGGUCAGAUGUCUUGACUUAGAAGCCGCUGAUCUAACGACUCUAGCAUCAUCCUUGUAGCGAAGAGAUGGACAAUUGCAAAUCGGGAAAAAAUUGCACCUGUAGAGAAAAGUAGAAGCUGAUAUAGUACUGGUAUUUUACCAAAUUUUGUAUACUGUCGGUUAAUGUAGCAAAUGGAAGUUAAUGUAGUGCUAGACUGCUAGUCAAUUGGCUGACUCUUUGUUAGCUUGAGAGUUGAGACCAGUCAUGGCAUCUUCUCCUAA